AUGAUGUUGAUGGGUACAAGCUGCAUGGCACGAACCACAGUUCAUCAAGGUGAGGUCAAUGGUCCUCUCCAUCAUUUGAUCAACAAGCGCAGUGAUUGUACUUGUUUUGAUCUUUGUGCUGCUGAUUGUCGUCGUGCUUUUCCUCUUCAACAGUAUGAUUAUGAUACUUCUCUUAGUGAUAAUUGUGAUUAUUGUUGUCCUGCUGAUUGUUGGCAUAGUUUUUAUUGUGGCUGUUGUAAUGGCUAA